AUGGCGCGUGACAAAGAGAAAUUGGAAAGCAUUGAUUCAACUCUAUCCCUAGAUCUGCUGCGACUAGUUAAUCAAUUGAGAGACAAGGGCGCAAGUUCUUGGUUAAAUGCAAUGUUUUUCGCAGAUCAGGGCUUAGCCCUUAAUAAACAGGAGUUUAGAGACUCGCUACGCUUACGGUAUAAUUUGUCUCUAGUCAAUCUACAAAGUCUAUGUGUGUGGGGAUAAAUUUACUGUAGGCCAUGCCCUCUCAUGUAAAAAGGAGGGCUUUGUAGCGCGGAGACAUGAUGGUGUCCGUGAUUUAUUAACGGCAUUCAUCAAUAAGGUCUGCAACAAAGUGGAAAUUGAACCACGCCUUCAACCCCUCGACAACGAACGGCUACAUUUGAGAGGUGCCGUCACAAGCUCUGAGGCAAGAUUAGACAUCAAGGCGGGAGGUUUCUGGUCAAGAGGAAUUACGGCAUUUUUCGAUGUAAGAGUUACGCACGUUAACUCCAAGUGUUACCAAAACAAGACAACAUCUGAAGUAUUCAAGGAGCAAGAGGACGAGAAGAAACGCAAGUACCAGCAGCGGGUACUAGAUGUAGAGAUUGGUUCAUUCACACCUUUAGUGUCUGGAACCAAUGGCGGAAUGGGAUAUGAGUUUCAGCGUUUCCAGAAGCAUCUUGCAGAUAAGAUAGCUCAGAAGGACACCGAGCCGUAUAACACCGUUAUCGCAUGGCUCAGGACACAAAUCUCGUUCGAAUUUCUAAGAUUGGUACACGCAUGCGUGAGAGGUUCACGAACGCCUUUUGACAGCAAGAUAGAACACUCUUUAGACUGCAAAAUAAACGUCGCCACCGCGGGCAUCUAG